GAAAAUGCACCAACUUCCCCCAACGAGAAUAGUACACAAGGCACUAACGAUGCAGACACCAGUGGUACACAACCUCAAGCAGGUGUUGGUACAGAACCAUCUACUCCUUCAGCAUCUUCGCAUACUAAUGGAGCCGCAGGUAGUGAGAAUUCUGCACAGACAUCAACAAAUAACUCAGCGAGUACGAACUCUGAAACUUCAACUACAGCCAGUAAUGAGGACUCAACCACCACCACAACAACAACAACGACAACAACAACACUUCCUCCUGAACCCACAAACAACAAGAAGGGUGAUGCAGACAGCAGCAGCAGUAUCAGCAGUUCUGUGUGGGUACGUCUACCACUACUGAUUGUGGUUACACUGGCCUGUAUUCUUGUGUACUGA